AUGGGGUUUCAACAUGAUGGGGCUCCUGCCCAUUUCAGCCAUAACGUUCGUACCCACCUAGACGACGUAGAUGGACAGACAUCAGUAGAUGGACGUGGUGGUCCAACACACCAUGGAGGAUCAGUUAAGGACAAAGAGAGUGUUGCCCCAACAUCUCCUAGAAUCAGUUCUUUGCGUAGGGCAGUGAAAUCUGGUAAGCGGGACAAUGCCAGCAUACCACGUUUCUACUUCCCAGAUGGUAAGCCCCUCACCCAGGCAGAGAUUGAGGUUCACCUGAAGAAAGUGGCUGCUGUCUUCGCCGGACUAAACGAUGGCAAAGCAUCUCGCGAGGAAUUUGGAAUUAUCACGAAGGCCUGCGGACUUCCUUUAUAUUGGAAACUUCCAUUGUUCCUCGCGGCCCGGGGAGACAAGAAGUCGUCUGUGGGCUGUGAGGCAUUCCUCGAAUACUGGAGGAGAGUCGUGAGUACGUGCCAUGACGAGGCUUCGAAAUUUAUUUACAUAUUGUCACGAGGGAAAAGAAAUUACUUGUUAAGCGACGAUUUUUUCCCAAUGAUGCAGGAUGUAAUUGAUUCCCACCCUGGUUUAACGUUCCUGAAAGAAGCUACGGAAUUCCAUUCAAGAUAUAUACACACGGUUAUUGCAAGGAUAUAUUACUGUGUUAAUAGGUCUUGGAGCGGGCGAAUCACUGCUCCUGAGCUCAGAAAAAGUAAUUUUUUACAGGUAUUAGCUACUCUUGAAGAGGAAGAAGAUAUCAAUCAGAUAACAGACUAUUUCUCAUAUGAACAUUUUUAUGUAAUCUAUUGCAAGUUCUGGGAACUAGACAAGGAUCAUGAUCUGUAUAUAGACCAAAACGAUCUUAAGCUUCACAGCGGAGGAGCUUUGUCUGCAAGAAUUAUUCAGAGGAUAUUUUCUGGAGCUGUCACCAGAGGUCCUAAACAGAAAGAAGGGAAAAUGAGCUAUACUGAAUUUGUAUGGUUUCUUAUAUCUGAAGAAGAUAAAAGGCAUCCUAGGAGCAUUGAAUAUUGGUUCCGUUGCAUGGACUUAGACGGGGAUGGUUUCCUUUCUAUGUACGAAUUGGAAUAUUUUUAUCAGGAACAACUACAAAGGUUGGAAGCCUUGGGAAUCGAAACGCUACCUUUUAACGACUGUUUGUGUCAGAUGCUGGACAUCAUAAAGCCUAAGAUUCCUGGUAAAAUUUCAUUAGCAGAUUUAAAGAAAUGUAAAAUGACUCCAAUAUUCUUUGAUACCUUCUUCAAUCUAGAAAAAUAUCUCGAUCAUGAACAAAGGGAUCCAUUUGUGUCUCAAAGGGAGCAUGAUGGCGAAGGACCAGAGAUAAGCGACUGGGAUCGCUUUGCCGCCGAAGAAUACGAAUUGCUGGUCGCUGAAGAAGGUGCAAAUGAGCAACAGGAUGAAUUUUGCAGUUGCGAUGGAGAAUGUUAUUUGGAAUUCUAUAGUUACUGUACAUAUAUAUAUAUAUAUUAAAAAAAAACUUUAUGAGUCGAAUUAAAGUGCCAUUAAUCAGUA